AUGGAUAGCGAUGCCAAUUAUUUAGUUUCUUUCUUUAAAGAAACAAGCCGCUAUUUUAGUUACGGAGGAGACAAUUUAGUCGUCCUUCCAAACUUAAAUAGCUUUAUAUCACAAUAUGACGACUGUUUGUAUGCAGUUCCUCUUCAAAAAUUAAAUGAUUCGAACACAUUAGUGGAAUCUUUGCUACGAGAUGAAUUUCUGGAUGAUAUCGAUUCAAUUGAGCAGAAUAGAAGGGAGAUUUUGUGUAUAUUGGACUCUAACGAAGAAAAUUUAUACAAUGGAACGAAGCAUAGUAAUCGAUGUGUCGUAGCUCUCGGAGGAAUUUCACGAUAUAUAGUGAACCCAGCAUCAUAUCAACUAAUAGUAGUCUUCUCAAACAAUGUGAUGUGUGUUUAUUCAUUGCUGUCAGAUAAAAAGGACUGGCUAUACCUGUCAGUGAUAUCAUCGACAAAGGUAUUUAAACAUAUGCUGGAUUACAAAAACGGGAAAUUUAAAAGCUCAUUUAGGAUAAACAGCUCACCAAUCACACUAUUAAAGCCAUUUAAGAAGGAGAAGAUAUUCCUGUGUAACAGAGAAGGAGAUGUGUAUAUGUACGACUACGUUAAGAGAGUUAGGCUGGCACACUUCAAGGACCAUACAGCAUUCGUAAAGAGUUUACACUUCAUAGUAACGAAAGAAAAUGAAAUAGGACUGAUCACAUUGGAUAAUGACAACAUCAUUGAUCUGUGGUCGAUUGGUGGAGCAUCCAGUGGAGUAAAUCACAAGGCCGGUAAAGGCAAGGAAGAAGACAUAUUGGUACUGGGAGGCAAAGAGAAAGCGGUUAGACCAUUUAAGAGACUAAUAAAGCACGAAAACAUAGUAUCAGUGAUAGUGGUAACGAGUAAAUUAGUCGACCACGUGGAAAGGAGAAAGAAGGGCUCCUGGGUGUUACUGAUCAUAGAGGAGUCAGGGAAGAUGUACUACGAGGACCCAACAGACCAAUCGACACUAAUGAAAAAUGAAGUUAUGUAUGGAUUUGGCACGGUAAAAUCAGUAGAGUAUACCAAGGAUAUGAUAGUGUUGCUUGGUUUAAAUGGGACAAUACUGAUAUACGAUCACAUGGAUGCGACAGAUGAAAUAAAAUUGGAAGUGGCACAAUCAGCUAAAGAGUUGGAUGAUGGAGAAGAUUACUACUACGAGUAUAGUAAAUCAUGGUACAAUCGUCAUCGCAAAAGGAAGAGUGGAAGAAAACUAAUGAUUGUAUUGACAGGAGAUGAAGUGAUAAGAGUACUACUGCUGAAUCAAUUGAACGAGUUCAUACCACUGGGACUGAAAAACACGAGUCAAACACACAAGGAAGUGGUGACAACAAUAUAUCACGAUCACAGAAAUGACUUAUUGCUGAGUGGUUCAAAAGAUAAACUGGUGAUAUUAUGGGACAUGAAAAAAUUGGUUCAAUUGAAGUUGAUUAACACAAUAUACAUAGUAACGUCACUGUUACUAGUAACAACCAAGCUGAGUAGUACCAAUAUAGUGGACAUCGUGUGCAGUAACAACAACAUAAUCAAUUUGUAUUCGACGAAGUUAAGCUAUGAUGGGUCGUAUAGUAAAAGUGCGCACGAGUUAGGGGAUAUGAACAAGGAGGCGGAUAAAUCAACGCACACAUCAGUUGUACACAAAACAAACAUAAACUACUUGGGGAUAUCGCAUAACCAAAAGUACAUAAGCAGUUGCAGUAAUGACAAAGUGAUAGUUGUGCACAACGCAAACAACUUGAUAGUAAAGGGAAGAUGCAUUGGCCACAAGAAGUCAGUACUGUAUGUGAAGUUCAUGAAGAUGACGAAAACACUAGUAAGCUCAUCAAUGGAUCAGACGAUUAAAAUAUGGAAUCUGUCAGAUUUCACAAACAUGAAGACGCUGCAGGGUCAUACUAACUCGAUCAUGAAGAUAUUAGUAUUGGAUAACCACGUACAGCUGAUAAGUUGUGGAUUGGAUGGAUUUGUAAAACUGUGGAAUGUGCCAAAUUCGGAGUGUGUACAGACGUUAAACAGCCACGACAAUCAAGCGGUAUGGGAUGUUGAGAUGGAUAACAAUCAGUUAUACAGUGCGUCGAAUAACAUAAUAGUAGUAAGUGAAGAUGCAAGUGGAGAGAUGAUGAAAAGGCAAGCACUGGAAGAAAAGAAUGAGGAGAUAGUCACAUCGCAAAUCAAUUCACUGCUAUUGAAGAACAACUACAAGGAGUCGCUAUUGUUGUCGAUAAAGUUGAAUAACAUUAAGUUGACAAACAGCAUAAUAUUGAAACUGACCAACAAGUUGCUGUUUGAACCAGAAUUUCAGAUAAAAGGAGAUGGUGACGACGAAAGAGUAGUAGGGAAAGACGUUAGUGAUUCCGGAGAAGAAGAUGUGUAUGACUAUGUAAUAAACAGAAUUAAAGAGGAGAAGGAAGAAGAGGAGAGGAAACAACUACUGAGGAAUCUGUUCAACUUUAUUAAAACGUGGAUCACGAAUAGAAAAAAUUACUACACAGCAAACAUGUUGUUGAAUAAAAUGUUGAGGAGUCUGAAGUUGGAGGAGCUGUUUAAGGUGGAAGGGCUGCUGGAAACAGCGGAGUUCCUGCUGCACAGCCUGUCGAACCACCAGACGAGGCUGAGCAGCCUGCAGGAAAAGUCGUACCUGCUGGACAUCAUCACGCAGCACAACCCAGUGAGCGUAAACACAAACAUCGUCAACGACGUACUGUACAAAAAACACAAACGUAUGAGGAGCAUUAGUACUCUGAGUCAGAGUCGUGACAACAACAGUACUACAAGAAAUGUGAGAAACGAGAGGAAUCGGAGUCACGUAAUCAGCCACUGCAGCCGGUUACGGACACAUGAAUGGGUAUGUAACAAUAUAUCGACACAACGGAAUACCAGAAAUUACAGAAUUAGUAAAAACUGGAACAAAACAAGGUCAGCCGGCGUAAAGAGGAGCAAUCAACUGAUUAGAGAUACGAUGGGUAAAUUGACUUUGUUUUGA